CUAGCCUCUAAGUUAUUCAGAUAUUCUUGUGAUUUACUUCGAAGUUCUAUCGACAUUCUUGGUCCUCAAAGUUUAUUCAAUUUGCAAUGGCAGAGACCGCAACUUUAGAAGCCUAUGUUGCUGAUGGAGAUUUAGAUGGGAAUUGGACGAUCUCCUGGAAUUCGACAACUCCAUCCAUGGACCAACCCCCACCCAAAUACAUUGAGGACCUGAAGCAAGCCAAUAAGGUGAUCAUCACGGCCUUGUUAGCGGCCAUCAUGGUUGCCAUGGGUUGCAUAGUCACCUUGGAUGACUUCAAGAGAGUGCUGCGCCGCCCCGUCGGUGUCAUCAUCGGGUUUCUCUCCCAGUUCGUGGUCCUCCCCCUGACGGCGUUUGGUCUGGCCCACGCCCUGCAGCUCAAGGCAGGCUACGCACUGGGACUCUUGGUCACAGCCACUUGUCCCGGGGGUGUCACCUCCAAUCUAUACACGUAUUGGUCAGACGGCGAUGUGUGCCUCAGCAUCACCAUGACAACCCUGUCCACAACCGUCGCCAUGGGGAUGAUGCCACUCAACCUCUUCAUCUACAGUCGGUCCUGGACCAGCGAGAGCGCCGUGAUCCCAUACGGCAACAUCGCCAUCGCCUUGGCUCUCAUCCUCGUGCCCGUGGCAAUGGGCAUGUUCAUCAAGUACAAGAAGCCAUCCUGGUGUAAACUGAUCACGCGACUGGGCAGCAUCUUUGGACUGUUGGCCAUCUUCAUCAACAUCAUCCUAAACGGCAUCAUCAACCCCUCCAUGUUCACCUCCCCCUGGCAGGUCUGGUUCGCCACCUUCAUCCUGCCCUUCCUCGGCUACGUCUUCGGUUACCUCUUUGCCCUGGCCCUGCGCCGCCCCCACGCCGAGUGCCGCACCAUCAGCUUCGAGACGGGCGCCCAGAACAUCGGCCUGGCGCUGGCCCUCCUCCUGGUCACCUUCGAGGACAGUGAGCUCCUGGCAGACAUGUUCGUCAUCCCGUCCCUCUUCGGGCCCUUCUUGCUCUUCAACGCCAUGGUGCUGGUGGGGCUGUACCUGGCGUGGAAGAGAUGGUGCGGCAGUAUCGACAAAGCCGAAGGGGCCGAGGACCAUCGGGAGGAGGCUGUACAAAUGAGCAGAAUGGAAGAAUCUGAGACCAGUGAAAAAGACAAGGAAGCCAGCCCAAGAGAAGUGCACCUUGUCGAGUCGCCCCGAGUCUUUUGAUGAUGUUUUCUCCAAGUGCCUAAUCAGUAUGUUCAACACAGAAGCCUAAACAACAAGAACUAGCCUUGUCUAUCCUAAUGACAGCAACGGCAAUAUUCAUGCAAUUUCUUUCUUUUUAUUAAAAGUGUUUGGGUCAGAAUUUCAAACUAAGCGGUGGAGAUCUGCCGCCGUUGUUCGUCUUGACUGUAGCCUGAGGUGGAAAGGUCAU